AUGGGGAAGGACCUACCCUUCCCCCAAGUGCCUGUAUCCUCUAAGUUAUUGGACCAAACUUUACCUGCCAUAAGUAGAACUGCAAGAAGGAUUCUAAGGCGGCGCCGUCAAGGGUGUGACUCCUACACGCCGGAGAUUGUUGUGAACCUUCAUGUUACCACGCACAUUAUUGUUCAAGAUUUAGAUAUCUAUAAUGAUGAUGCUGAAUGCGCUAUUUGUUUGGAGGAGUUUGGCCAUGGUAAGGAAGAUUCAAGUGUAGGAAUUGUUCGCACAAAUUGUUCGCAUGUUUUCCAUGAUCGCUGCAUGCUCCGCUGGCUCCGACAGUGUGCCAACUGUCAGUUGCCGUAUUCUUGCCCAUUGUGCCGCUGCAUCAUAUUUCCAACUUCACAUAGUCACGAUAAAUAG